AUGGAUAAUAGACGUUUAUGCUCUAAUCGACGAAGGCCCGAUGAGCUAGGGCUUGACGGUCCUGAAGAGCAGCUUUGUCUUAAGUGGACUAGCGACGAGACCCAGAGCGAGUCAAAAUCGAGAGUCGUUAGCGUCAGUGUUUCCGCUGAGGGUCGUCCGGAAUUAAGACACGGACUUAAAGGAGUGCGUACUGUAAGCAAUUUGAAUCUUCCAUUGCAAAGCAUCGAAAAUCGGACACUUAAAGAACGUCAGCACUUGAGAACAGUUCCGAUUUCAACAUACAAAGAUGAUAAGGCUCAAAUUAUCAUCGGACUAGACAACAUUAAGAUCAGUGUGCCGCUGGAGGUACGUCAAGCUGAAAAUGACGACCUUAUUGCCGUUCGAUGUAAAUUAGGAUGGUCUGUGUACGGCCGCCAAGGACCGGAAAAUGACACGCCAACUCAUGUAUUCCAUAUCUGCCACUGCACAACAGUUUGCGGUACGCGGAAACUUGACGAAGCUAUGAAGGCAUUCUUCUCGUUGGAGUCAUUCGGCGUGAGUGUUCCUAUAAAACCGUUGCGAUCUAAGGAAGACGAACAGGCGCUAAAGAUAAUGGAGGCAACUACAAAUUACAUUUCCAACGAAAGGCGCUGGGAGACUGGGUUGUUGUGGAAGUACGACAAAAUCAAUAUGCCCGAUUCGUACCCCAUGGCUCUUAAAAGGCUCAAGUGCCUUGAGUCGAAAAUGUUAAAAGAUCCGAAGCUGAAAACGUUUUUGAAUAAUACCAUGCAGCACUACAAGGAAAAGAGAUACAUUCGCAAACUGGAAAAGUGGGAGUUAUCAAACAGUCCACGUUCUUGGUAUCUUCCUAUAUUCACGGUUACAAACCCUAACAAAAAGAAGACAUGCCUGGUCUGGGACGCGGCAGCGCAAGUUGACGGCAUAUCACUAAACGACACUCUUUUAAAAGGACCAGAUAUGUUGGUGUCCUUGAUGGGUGUGUUGUUGCGCUUCAGAGAACGACCUAUAGCAGUAUCAGGCGAUAUACGGGAAAUGUUUCAUCAAAUUAAGGUUUGCGCCCUAGACCAAUAUUCCCAGAAGUUCUUAUGGCGUAAUGGAGAAAUUAAUCGCCCACCGGAUACAUUCGUAAUGCAAGUGAUGACGUUCGGGGCUGCAUGCUCGCCGUCACUUGCCAACUUUAUAUUGAGACGUAAUGCAGAGAGAUUUGGUGAAAGUCAUCCAGAAGCCGUGAAAGCAAUUUGUCGAAACACUUUCGUUGACGAUUGGCUGGAGUCAGUUGAUACAGAGGAGCAAAUGGUUCAACUCGCGAAUAAUAUUAAGGAUAUUCACGCGAAGGGUGGAUUCGAAAUGAGAAAUUGGCUAUCAAACUCCAAGCGCGUCGUACGCUCUCUGAAUGAAGUUUAUGAAGCACCGCCUAAGUAUCUUGGCACACAGGACGAACUACAGGAGAAAGUGCUUGUCAUCAAGCCUGAGUUGCUGCAGAGGUCGUCAGCUGGCUCUCAUACGAAGCGCCGAGUGUUGAGUAUCGUUAUGUCCAUUUUCGAUCCACUCGGGCUUCUUAGAUUUUUUAACGUACGUGCCGAAAUUAUUCUCCAAAAUAUUUGGAGGUCUGGUGUGGGCUGGGAUGACGCAGUCAAGGAACCGGAUGAGAUCGACUGUAUAAAAUGGCAAGCCUUACUGCCAAAACUGAGCGAUCUGCGUAUUCCUCGCUACAUGUCUUGCUCGAGCAAUGUUAGUAGCCUGCAACUACAUAUGUUCGUUGAUGCUAGUUUGGAUGCUUACGCUGCGGUAGCUUAUUUGCGUGUUGAUCUUGGAGACGAAAUCCGAUGCUCCUUGCUAUCGGUACCACGAAUGGAAUUAAUGGCAGCGGUUUUGGGGUUGCGCCUGGCCAAGUGUUUGGAGUCUGAGCUAUCUAACGAAAUUGAAAAACGCGUAUUCUGGACGGAUGCUCAAGAUGUUCUAUUCUGGAUAAGAUCCGACGCUCGCAAGUACACGCAAUUUGUAGCUUUACGAGUCGGAGAAAUUCUUGAAGGCUCCGAAGUUGGUGAAUGGCGCUGGGUACCCUCGGAACUAAAUGUAGCGGACGAUGGGACUAAAUGGACAAAAAGUGUUGAGGUAAAUAGUUCAAUACGAUGGUUUUCCGGACCGAAUUAUCUGUGUCAAGAUGAAUCGGAGUGGCCGCGCGGAAAUGAAAUGUCUAAAACCAGAGAAACUCAAGUAUUGUACCACAAGGAGGAAAUUAAGAAACAAAUAUCGCCUUUCGCAUCUCGCAGAGGUGUGCCCCUUAAGAUGCUAUCCGAUAACGGAACGAAUUUUCGGGGAGCCAGCAGAGUACUCGCUCAAGAGAUCGAACGUAUAUCAACGUCAGCAGUGGAAAGCCAGUAUCCGGAGAUGUCGUUUACCUUUAUUCCUCCUGGAUCGCCUCAUAUGGGCGGCAGCUGGGAGCGUAUGGUGCGUUCAACAAAGUCAAUCCUGACGGAAAUUCUGUCGAACAUCGGUCUGCGCGAGGAAGUAUUGCGCGCUGCGUUGGCCGAUGUCGAAUGCACCUUAAACUCAAGGCCGUUGACCUAUAUUCCGUUGGAAUCGGAAAAUUCGGAAGCCCUUACUCCAAACCACUUCUUGGUUGGUAAUUCCAGUGGUCUACGGGAACGCGGUGCGAUGGAAACCAACGGAUUAGGCUUGGCCAAAAAUUUCCGCAUCAUUGAGAAAGACAAAUCGAGAAUUAACGGUCUCUGUGCUAUUCUUACACAAAGUUCCGAGGCGAGCCAGAGAUCUCGCCUCAGAGAUGAUCGUGACCUCUGUCCCACCGGGUCCAGACAGCGGAUAAUAUCCGAAAACCGCGAUAUGCCGGAAAACGAUCGCGAGGGUUGCAGCAAGGUACCAUUGGCCAGAAAUUCAAAGCGACAUGAAGAAGUAUAA